AUGUUACUGUUACUGCUGGUGACGUCGCUGAUGCUGAUGUUAUGGAUGGUUAUCACUGUUGAUGAUGACAUUGAUAUUAUCAUUGCAGAGGAUGUUAUCGAUAUUAUUAUUGUUGAUGCUGUUACUGAUACGAUUGUUGCAGUUACUAUUAUCGUGAUUACGAUGGUUGUCAUUGCUGUCAUUAUCGGCAUUAUUAGCACCACCAGCAUUGAUCGCAUUUUGUCCGCUGAGUUUGACCCCAAAGUCAAGGAAGGCAACACGCUGAGAGAUCUGACCUCCUUAUUAACUACAAGCCGCCAAACUGGGGUUCAUCUCCCCACCUUGCAGCCUUCAGCCAGCCAGUUCUUCGCGUCUCUAGAUCCCAUUAACGAGGCCGCUACUAUCCUGGGUCCCUUAAACACAAACCCAAGGAGUUCAGUUCAGCACCAGUUUCAAGACACUUUUCCAGGUCCCUAUGCAGUUUUAACCAAAGACACGUUGCCUCAGACCUACAAAAGGAAGCGUUCCUGGUCCAGAGCUGUUUUUUCCAACCUGCAGAGGAAAGGCUUAGAGAAAAGGUUUGAAAUCCAGAAAUAUGUCACCAAGCCGGACAGAAAACAACUGGCAGCGAUGCUGGGACUAACGGACGCCCAAGUGAAGGUGUGGUUCCAGAACCGGCGCAUGAAGUGGCGGCACUCCAAGGAGGCGCAGGCCCAGAAGGACAAGGACAAGGAGCCGGCCGAGAAGCCGGGCGCGCUGCCCGCCGCCGCCGCCGCCGCCGCCGGG